AUGGAUUCGGCUGAAUAUUAUCUAGAGUUUGCCACAAAACUAGCUCAACAAUGUGGGCAAAUAAUUCUUGAAGGAUCAAAAACAAGAUAUACUACUGGUAAUAAAGUAUAUGAGAAGUUUGGUCAACAGACUGAUUUAGUCACUGAAAUUGAUAUAAAAGUCGAAGAAUUAAUCAAAUCAAACCUGAAAGAAAAAUUUCCGGAUCAUAUGUUUAUCGGAGAGGAGACGAAAGCCGCUGGAAAUCAUUAUGUAUUUACAGAUAAACCAACUUGGAUCAUUGACCCAAUAGACGGAACAACUAAUUUUGUUCAAGGCUAUCCUUUUGUUGCUGUCUCAAUUGGGCUAGCUAUUAAUAAGGAACCCGUUGUUGGUGUCGUGUUUAACCCAUUCCUCAAUGAACUAUUCACUGCUCGUAAAGGUCAUGGUGCAUUUUUAAAUCAUACAACAAGACUUCCAUUAUCCCACCCAUAUCCUCCGCCUGUCUUGCCAUCUAGUCUUUCUCAAUGUUUAGUAGCUUACGGAUGUAGUGGAGCAGAUAGAUCGGAUCUAGUCCUUGGUAAAAAGAUCAAUUCUGUACGUAACUUAUUAAGAUCACCUAGAGAAGUUUCUUGGAGUUCCAAAAAAGCUGGAUCAGUACAUGGAAUUAGAAAUGUGGGCAGUUGUACUAUGAGUAUAUGCUAUGUGGCCAAAGGUUGUUUAGAUAUUCAUUUUUCAAUUGGAGGCUGGGAAUGGGAUGUUGCGGCAGCUCUCGUUAUUCUUGUUGAAUCAGGAGGUAUCAUGGUUAAUGAUCACGGUUUCGAUGAAGGUUCAGUAGACAUUUUUGGUCGUAAAUAUAUAAGCAUUAGGGGUGGUUCACCAUGUGAUGGUGAUGAAAAUUCUAAACAAAGUCAAUUACGUCUUGUUAGAGAAAUAUUAGAUGUUGUUGAAGAAAUUGAUUGCCCAAGAUCUUAA